AUGACGGUGCCCUAUGCUACAGCAACCCAAAAGGCUCUUGCCUGGAGUGAAAAAUCUGCGAUCAACAUCGACUGUGUUAUCGAGUUGUACUCGCCCUUUGCAAUAGCAGACGACGGCAGCUUCAAGUUCCAUUCAGGCAAGCUUGUCGGGCUGCAGCGAAUCCAAAAGCAAGGGGCUUCUUCAUCUGACACUUUCAGAUUCUCUGGAGCCUUAUUGAAGUCCAGUCGAACGAGGUUUGCCAACCUUGCGUACAGCGCCUUAGGGAUUGCCGAGAUUCUGCUCUUUUUUGAUCUACUUAUGCUGCUCAGCAGCACUGUUGUCUUUUGA